UAUAAUGUCGAAAUUGGAGGGAAAUACUUUCAGUUAUCAAAAAACGAGACGUACUGCAUUGAUGUUUGGUUUCAUGGAGAUUGUAUCCUGUGGGCUCCAGACAUACAAAUGAAAGGAAAUCAACUGACUUGUCUGGAGGAGAAAUUGCAUCAGUUUUGGAAGCAGAAUUGUUGGAUAUGCAAGAAUUCUGGAGCCUCAAUCAGUGUCGACAAUAAGUUCGUUCAUUUUGGAUGUGCUAAAAAGCAUGGUGAGUCUUUCAAGAGGGAUCAUUUU